GGCAAAUGCGCCAAAACUGAACUUUGGAGGCAGCACUGCAACUCAAGCUACUGGCAUCACAGGGGGCUUUGGAUUUGGUAGCUCUGUACCAACCAGCGUGCCCUCGAGUCAAGCAGCAGCCCCUUCUGGCUUUGUGUUUGGAUCUGCUGGCACCACCACCACCACGACCUCCACCACCACCGCUCAGUCUGGGACAACUGGAGGGUUUACUUUUUCCAGCGGUACCACGACUCAGGCUGGAACAGCCGGCUUCAACAUCGGCGCUACAGCUCCGCAAGCAGCGCCCACAGGGUUGACUUUUGGAACGGCACCUGCAGCUGCUGCCACCACUGCUGCCACCUUGGGAGCUGCAACCCAGUCAACAACCCCCUUCAGCCUUGGAGGGCAGUCCACAGUUCUAAACUUUGUGCCAUUGCCUUCAACAGCAGCAGCCACUAGUGCACCCACGGCAACGCUGACCACUACUACCAGCCAGGGCCCUGCUCUGUCCUUUGGAACGAAACUUGGAGUAACAUCCACAGCUGCUACAACUGCCUCUACCACCACAACCUCCAUUCUUGGUUCAACGGGGCCUACGCUGUUUGCAUCUAUAGUGAGUUCUUCAGCAGCGACGUCGUCUGCCACCACGGGCCUCUCACUUGGUGCCCCUUCCACUGGGACAGCCAGUCUUGGAACGCUUGGGUUUGGAUUGAAAGUUCCUGGAACAACAGCUGCCGCAACAAGCACGGCCACUAGCACUACUUCUGCUUCUGGCUUUGCUUUGAAUCUUAAGCCGUUAACUACAACUGGUGCCAUUGGAGCUGGGACGUCCACAGCUGCCAUAACCACCACCACAACAACCACCACCAGUGCGCCUCCAGUGAUGACUUAUGCCCAGCUGGAGAGUUUGAUAAACAAGUGGAGUCUGGAACUGGAAGACCAGGAGAAACACUUUCUCCAUCAAGCUACGCAAGUUAAUGCCUGGGAUCGGACGCUGAUAGAGAACGGGGAGAAGGUAAGGUGA